AUGCAUCUUUUUCGAGGUUCAUGGAAUGUGAAUGAAGAUGAAGUGUCCGUUCAUUCACCGGUUCGACUCUUACAGAAAUUGGCAGCUUAUCGAGCGUCGACCACAGCUCCUACAUCUGCAACUUCAACACCGUCAGUAUCACCUCAAAAUGAACGUAAACCAACAAUUUUAACUGAAUCAACAAAUUUCUUUGCUCGUCUAUGGCGUCCGACGACAAAUCAUCCGCCGCCAUCCCCAAUUUUAAUAACAUCGAACGAAAUACACUCAUCAUUAACCGAUCUUGCGCCUGAAUAUAGUCCAUCACUGUCUGAGACAUCGUCAACUUUAUCCGCUACGCCGAAAUCAACUCGUCGUAUCUCAUUUAUACGUGAAGUAUCAAUUAAAACCUCAUCACAUCUGUUUCCAUUUCCACCGGUGCCGUCAUCGCCGCCACUACCACCAUCGUCAUCGUCGUUACCGUCACCACCACCAUUACUUCUGUCGCUACAGCCAGUACCGGCACCACUUUCUCCGCCUUCGCAACCGCUACUUCCAUUGCGACCACCCCUACCGCCUCUUCGCCCGCAGCCAACAGUAUCGAGUGUCAUAACUGAUCCAUCGUUUGAAGAUACAAUAUCCGAACAUCCAUGUGAUACCGCUAGUGAAUUUUAUUCUCAAAGUUUUGAAACGAAUAUUGACAGUAGUAAUCCGGGCAUUGUCGAUGAUGACGAUGAUGAUUAUGAUGAAAAUUGUGGCCACAAACGUAGAUUAACGUACGAUGAACGACAGCGACGGUUAAGUCUGUCAGCGAAACCUGUGAUAUUGUUAGUGCAUCAGAAGGCAUCUUUGCCUAUGGAGAUGGUUUUGCCACAUUGUAGUGAUAGUCUCGCUUCACCCGAAGCGAAUAUUGAUGUUAGCAUGGCCAUGGAUUAUCUCACAACGUCGAUGAUAACGACGCAGUCAAUAAGUAAUAGUACGCCGCCAAUAACAAUGGAAAACAAUCCUGUAUCAGCAACUAACAAUCUUAGACGAAAGAGCCGGUCAGGCCUUCGAAAUGCUGAAGGAUGGGCUCGAAAACGAGCAUUGAUGCAUCGUGGUUAUCAAUGGACAACAACAUUUGAAGGUAUGGAAUCGACCAAUAACGAUCAAACAUAUCCGAAUUUUGACAAUACAACAUCUCUGACUGAUUCUAUUCCACAUAUCGAUCAACAGAAUCUAUCGCCAACUUUAGCCUCGACGAUGAGACAUUUGAAAAACAAUGAGUCAAGUUUCAGUUCUCAGGACACGCACCGUCGACGACGUUCAUCUCGACGUCUACCCGAAAUACCUGGCAAACAUUCAUCAUCGUCCACCACAAAUAAUAAGGAAACUAACCUUUCCGAUGAAGUCAUCUUUACAUCUUCAUCAUUACACUCCUCCAAUGAAUAUCCAACACAUCCAAUGCGUGAAAAUUCUCUCAGUAAUCGUUCGAACCGUUCCAAAAGUAUCGAUUCUGAUUCUUCCUUGAAAACACGUUCAUCACACACUAAACUAUUCCAUACUCAUCAAUCACCGAAUGCAAAGUCGGUGGAUGUAUCUAAUCUAGCACGACGAAAGUCAUUUCUUGUCAUUAAUAAUACGUCGUUGUUACCUCAACGCUCGCUUGAUUAUCCAUGCAUAGUACGCAAAGCGCCAGAUCUGUCCGAUAUUGUCCGGAGACGAAUGUUAUAUUCGAAAAUUUCCAAACAGCAAGGUGAUACUUUUUCAAUUAGUUUAGAACGUGAGCACGUACCAAAAGUACCACGGAAAAUUAUCAUCCGGCAAGACAACAGUAUUGAGAUUGCAUUAAGUAAACCACCGAAACUUCGUCGUCAGACGUUGUCGGAAGAGUAUUAUUAUGGUUGUAACUCGGAAGCAGAAUUUGCUUCCAUUGCACAGUCAACGAAUGCUGCAUCAACGCUGGGCAUACCACUUCCAUCGUCAGCAUCGGGUGGCGAUCGACGAAAAACGAUUGAAACAUGUGAAAACAUCUUCUUACAUGCAGAAGAGAGUUCUAAAUUACGUGCGCGAACACCACCAUCGAAUCCACAUCGAAUUUUACUACACCGAGAUAAAAACGAUACUUCGAUACGGACCAAUGGUCUCGGAAUGCGAAUUGUAGGUGGCCAAGAAUGUGAAGACGGCAGUCUUGGAUGUUUUGUUACCAAUCUUUUACAUGGCGGGCCAGCUGAUGUUCAAGGUAACAUUGAAGUAGGCGAUCAAAUUUUGGAAUUCAAUGGUCAUUCAUUGAUCGAGUCAACUUACGAAGAAGUUCGAAUUCUACAAGAUUAUUGUGGUGAUAUUGUACAAUUAGUUGUACAACAUAACAAUGUACGAUUACAAAUCAGUGGUGGUCAAGCUUUAUCAUCAAUUGAAAUUUCUCGACAUUUCGAAACUGUACCACGAUUAGCAUCAUCGUUGACACGUAAACGACGAAAUUUACCGCCUCUGCCACCGUCAUUAUCAUCAUCAUUUCCCAAGCAGCAGAAACGAGAUUUGUACGAAACCGUCGAAACUCUCGAAGUGCCAAAUGUCAAAGAAUUGAAACCAAUCCUAAUCAAUCGCGGCCGACUUCUCGCUCAAAUCUGGCAUGAUGUCGAAGAUAUGAAAUUAGCUUUAACGAUCAUCCAAGCUGGUAAUUUACCUUUACGAACCAAUGGUGACCAACCAUAUACAUUCAUAACUGGUAAAAUGCUGUUUGAAGAUCGCGGCUUCGACAUGUUCGAAACCAAAGUGAUACAUUCUUCGAAUCCUAUUUAUAAUGAAACAUUUGUGUUUCAUGAAGUCGAAACUGUCGAUGUGCUUCAUCUGGAAGUUUUACUUUGGGAUAAAAAACAGAAUCAAGCGGAUAGACAUGCGAUUAACAACAGUACAGAUGAAUGCGAUGAAUUUCUUGGCAUGAUACAAUUGCCACUAAGUGAAGCAAAUCUAGAAGAUGAACCACGAUGGUACGAGCUUCGAGAUCGUCAAACACGAAAGCCGUCAACAUCGAGUGUAACGUUCAAAUCGUCAUCGGCUGAAAGUGGAGAUAGUUUUCGAAAAAUGCCACCUUUGGUACCCUCGUCAUCGUCAACAGUGGCAUCAUCGUCAGGAAAUAAACAUCAAGAACGAACGCGAACAUCAACUGACCUGUUAAUGCGAGCAUUGAAUCGUUCAGCAACGAAUAAAAUCGACUCGAAUCGACGAGCAUCAACAACAGAUAAACGAUUACAGCGAACAAGUGCAAAAAAUCCCACUAUACCAUCAAUAAUUAUGACCAGUAUCGAAGACGAAGACAACGAUGAACCUGCUUCUCCUCGAGCUUCGACCAUGGUUGUUCAAUCGGUUAAACUUAAGCGUCGAAUAUCCAAAGGAAUUCUGAAAUUGUUCGAUAUGCAAACGAGACGUUACAGUGAAUCGUCACCAAAAUCAUCGAUCGACAGUCCAACAUCAAGAAAACAUUCAUCACAAAUGCCACCCAAUCUUGAUAGCGAAGAUGACAUUGAUUCACCAACAUAUGGCGUCUCAUUUGACAGUACACCUACAGUGAUGAAUAAAUCUCCACGGCAAAGCAUCGGGCCACCACUGCCACCUCCACCCGUGCCGCCAUCGUCAGCAAUACAUCAUGACGAACAACAAACACUGAUACGUCCGAUUCCAUUGCAACAAAUGCCAAUAGGACAAUUAAUGUUACCUUUUAUUCCAUCAUCACGGCAUUCAUCAAUAUCAGGCUCGCGGAAAUCGUCAGCGGCAUCUUAUUGUGAAAGUGACGAAGAUAUUGAUCGUUAUUUCACCUUAACAGAACAGCAGCAACAACACCAAGCAGCAGAGCAGAUGAUUGAAAACAAUAACGUUCAAACACAUACGGUUGGUCCUGGACAAGUUACACCGAGAAACUACGAAAAUAUGAUCAAUGAUUAUAUCUACAUGGGACAAAUUCAAUUAGGUUUAAUCGUCACGAAAGGUCUUCUAGAAAUUGAUAUUGUCUGUGCCAGAGGACUGGAACGAGUUAUUAAUGAUAACGAUCCUCAUAAUUUCAAUAAUAACAUGACUGGAACUAGACAUGAAGAGAAUCCUCCAGAUACUUAUGUGAAAACAUAUCUACGCACGGGCACGCGACGCGUACAAAAACGUAAAACAGCAACAGUGAAAGGCAGCUACAAUCCAGAAUAUCAUGCUAAAUUAAAGUACAAUGCUUGUAAUGUCAUGGGUCGUCGUCUUCAAGUGACAGUCUGGCAACGUGCGGGCAAAUUCGAGAAAAAUCAAUGUAUAGGAGAAGCUUUCAUUCAACUUGAUCACUUAACAUUAACUCAACAUACUCUAGCUUGGUACAAAUUAUUCCGAGAGAAAUUAGUUGAAAGUGAAUUCUAUGAUUCAAGCUGA